AUGGCUCUGUUCCUGCUGACCCUGGGGCUGAGCCUCGUCUCUGCCCAGGAGCUCAACCCCCAAGCCGUCGUGCAGAAGAACUACGACAUGGCCAAGGUUUCAGGGACCUGGUAUUCGGUCUCCAUGGCCUCGGAUGACAUGAAGCGGAUCGAGGAAAACGGGGACCUGCGGCUCUUCAUACAGAAUAUCGAGAGCUUGCAAGACGGGGGUCUGAGGCUCCGCUUCCACUUCAUGUUGCACGGGGAGUGCGAGCACGUGGCCGUGGUCUGCGAGAGGGCAGAGAAGGACGGGGAGUACACCAUCCACUAUGAGGGGGACAAUACUGUGCUGCUCUUGGAGACGGACUACAGACUGUACAUCACCUUCUAUCUCCGGAACAUCCGGAACGGGACAGAGACCACCGUGCUGGCGCUCUAUGGCCGGGUGCUGGACCUGGGUCCCAGCUUCCUGGACAGAUUCGAAAGCAUCUGCAGAAAGCACGGGCUGGGUCCGCAGAACAUCGUCAGCCUCAGCCACCAAGCCCAGGCCCCCCCACCCUCCGUGCCCCCUCGGUGCCCGCCCGGCUCCCCCCAGCCCCCACCGCCCCUCAGAGACCAAACUCCCCGCGCGUGUUCUGCGGACGCUGAGCCGCUGCUGCGCGGCCCCAGGGUGGGCGGCGCAGGGCGAGGAGGGGGUCCUCCUGGCCCCUCGGCACCCCAGGCCUGUACAGGACCUCAGUCCGGCCUGCGGGGCCAGGAAGAGGAGGAGGCAGCCCGCUCGUACUGA